AUGGAUCACAGCUCUGGAGAAGAUUGGAUUGCUUCGGACAAAUCCUCAGGUUCAAGUAAUUAUGCGUGGCUUGCGUGUUCAGAUGACUUUGAAUCUCAAGAGGCAAUAGGAGAUUACCUUCGCAAGAAGCAUGAACUCAGGACUAUAUCAGACCUUGUUCAAGAAACUGUCCAGACUAGAAACAAAACUGUGGUGGAAUUAGCCAGUGAGAUUGACAGGAGGAAUGAAACUCUUGAUGACUUGCAGAUCAAAUACAUUCAGAAAAGAGUUUCUUUGAGUAGCAUGCUUGAAGAAAAAUACAGCCUUCAUCAAGCUUUCUAUGAAAAUGAAAUGUUGUUGGAUGAAGAAAAAAAGAGAGAGAAAGGGUGGGUUUUGAUGAAAGUGCGUGGAUUCGGGAGGCAACUAGAUGUUGAACAGAAACUGGAAAUAAGAAUUAAAGAACUGAAAAGGAAAGUGCAAAUGAUGAAGCAUUUAGGAGAUGAAGAUGAUGCUGCUGUUCACGAGAAAAUCACGGAGAUGAACAAUGAACUUGAAAUAAAUAUAGAAGAAAUGGAGAACAUGGAGAAUUUGAAUCAAACACUUUUGGUUAAGGAACGCCAGAGUAAUGAUGAACUGAAAGAAGUUCGCAAAGAGUUAAUUAAAGGGUUGAAGGGUAUGCUAAGUGGGCGAACAAAUAUUGGUGUGAAAAGGAUGGGAGAAAUUGAUAUGAAGGCGUUCCAUGAUGCCUGCAAAGAGAAGUUUGGUAAUGAAGAAGCUCAGAUAAAGGCGUCUGAGUUAUGCUCUUUGUGGCAGGAGAAGCUUAAAAAUCCAGAGUGGCAUCCCAUGAAAGUUGUUGCGGUAGAUGGUGAUAAUCUCAAGGAAGUGAUAAAUGAAGAGGAUGAGUUGUUGAAGAAUCUCAAGGCAGAAUGGGGGAAUGGGUUAAGCUCACCAAGGGCAAUUUGGUCAAAGUUACAGCUAAAGAGUAAUGUGUUGAGUAUGAAUCCACAAAAAUGUUGA